AUGCGGUCUCUUGUCGAAGCAAGAGAGUCGUGGCAAACUCUGCAAACAUGUGAAUCACUUGCCGACCUGAAGGACGCCAUUCGCAACGAGAACGAUCCCAGCUCUCUGGCCAAAUCUAGAUCACUUCUUUGGAAGAUCUUCCUCUUAUUCGAAGGACUUGAUCAUUCGCAAUGGAUACAAAUAUCAGCAGAUUCACGCUCGGCAUACGCUUCAGUUCGCUCGCAUCUCUUACGUGGACUCGAACACCCAGAAGAAAUUUUGGGCUCUAAUCUGGAUCCGCUAAGCGAAGACUCCGAGUCUCCUUGGGCCGUUCUUCGAAAAGAUGAAGAACUACGUGCUGAAAUAAUGCAAGAUGUCGACCGAUGCAUGCCAGACAUUAUAUAUUUCCGUCAACCGCAGACUCAAACCAUGCUAUUGGAUGUUUUGUUUGUGUUUUGCAAAUUGAACCCGGAUGUUGGCUAUAGACAGGGCAUGCAUGAGCUACUAGCACCCAUCCUCUGGGUCGUCGAGAAAGACGCAGUGUCGAGCAAAGCUACCGACGACUCUAGCGCAGACGACAAGAUGCUGUGUCAUGUUUUUGAUUCCGACUUCAUCGAGCACGACACCUUCACCCUGUUCGGUAUCGUCAUGCAAGGAGCAAAGUCGUUCUAUGAGCAAACAGCACACAAAGCAGCUUCAAAGCUGACUGCCAGCACGGCGAAGCCUACUGCCACAUUGGAGAAUCCCAUCCUUACUCGGAUACACAGAAUCUUCGACGAAUAUUUACCUCACGUUGAUCCGACACUCGCACAACAUCUGCAGGAGAUUGAUCUGAUACCUCAAGUCUUCCUUAUGCGAUGGAUAAGACUAUUGUUUGGGCGAGAAUUCAAGUUUGAUGAUGUCUUGAGCAUGUGGGAUGCCAUAUUCGCAGAUGACCCAAGUCUUGAGAUUGUUGACCUGGUCUGCCUAAACAUGCUUCUCAGACUCCACUGGGAUUUGAUGGACGCAGACUACAACACAGCACUGACCCUGCUUCUGAGAUAUCCUGAGCUGGAAGACGGCAAAACUCCACAAGAAUUCGUAACAAACGCAGUCUACCUUCGAAACAACUUCAAUUAUGAAGGUGCCAGCACACUAGUCGAGAAAUACUCGGGGAGGUCCCUCCCACAACCCACAGAAGUUCCCUCCGCAACGCUCCAACCUUCCAUGCCUGGAAAACUACGCAUGCAAAUGCCUGGCCGAGCAUCUAGCAACUUCGAAGAUAUUCUGCAAGGAGCGGCCAAAGGCGUACUACAACGAGGCGAAAAAUGGGGCAUUAACAAGGCUUUCCGUGACGCUAUGGAUGAAGUACGGAAAGGCGUGCGAGAAAUUCAGGCUGUGCAGACUCCUCAGGCGCCGAGACACACGCGUGGUUUAUCGAGACAGAGCGGGACUUCUGACAGAUCGACAAAUCCGAGUCUGCAGCUUAUGGCUUUGGAGCAGCGUAAUACGGCUCUAUCGAAGAUGCUGAAGAAGGCUAUCGAUGAUCUUUGGACUUAUCACGAGACUGCUGUGGCUGGCAAAGGUGGAGAGGAAGAUUCACUGAGUGGUCUGAGCAUGGCUAUUGCCAAGGUGCAAUUCAUCCAAGUAUAUCUUGACGACGCGACAGUGCCAUUAUCUGCAGAAGAGGAAGCCAUUGAAGCAAGCAAAGAAGAUGCCGUCGAGGUCACCGAAGUCCAACCGCAAAUCAAAGAACCGACAACCGCUCACUCUGACUCCAAGCCUGCGUUGAAAGACACAGAGGAGCCAGCACAGACAACGACGACAAAGGAAGAUCCAAAACAAUCCCUCGAAGUGCCCUCACAACAGCCCGUCCAAGCCGCACCAUCCAAGACCCCAAAAACCACCGACAUCCCCCUUGACUUCCACACACCCCGACCCACACUAGCACAAUCCUCCUUCUCCUGGAUGCUAGGUCAAUCCCCCGAAACCAGCGCCAGCAACUUUGCCCAAGCAAAAGCCCUCGCACCCUCAGACAUACGACGAAGAAGCAAAGGGUUUCUAUUCGGCGACGAUGAAGAUGCGAGAGCAGGAAGUCCAGAGAAGAAAAAGGACAGUAAGAGGGGCAAGGAUAGGAAGAAACAGGUCAAGAAGGAGGUUUUGUUUGAGCAGGAUUCUGUCGAGGAGGAGUUUGAUUUGGGCGCCUUGGAAGAGGAAAAGAGGGCUGGGAAGGAGAAGGAGGAGAGGGCGAAAGCUGGAGCUGGUGGUGUCAAGAGCAAGUAG